AUGUUUCCGUAUAGAGGGAGUGGAUACUUGGUCAGUCGAGUAAGACUUCUAACGAAGACUACUCCACUUGUUUCCAAUUUAUUCCUUCGUUAUCAGAGUACUACUUCUAUACCUAAAGUUAAAGAAGUUCAAGUUAAUUUAAAUGCUUUAACUGAAUUAGAAGAACAAGAUGCUAUUUAUAGAAGACAAAGAAAAUUGGCCAAAACUGCCGUUGAAAUCAAAUCUUACGCCAGAGGUGAAUUACUUCCUGGUUCAACUCAUUUCAAAAAACCAGUUCAUACUCAUUUACAUAAAGGGAAACCAAUUAAAGAAUUAACUGUUCCUAAAAAACAAACUUCAGGGAGAAAUAAUACCGGGAAAAUCACAGUAAGAGGGAAAGGUGGAGCUCAUAGACGUAGAGUCAGAUUAGUUGAUAGUUAUAGAUUAUCACCUGGAAAACAAACUGUAUUAAGAAUUGAAUAUGAUCCAAAUAGAUCGGGCCAUAUUGCAUUAAUUAAACAUAGUGUUACUGGGGAUUUAUCUUAUAUAUUAGCAUCUGCCGGUUUAAGAGAAGGUGAUUCAGUUGAAUCAUUCCGUGCUGGUAUUCCAAAAGAUUUCAUCAAAGAAAUGGAAGAAACUAAUAAUGGUGAAAUCGAUGAUGCUUUAUUAUCAUCAAGAAUCAUUCAAAGAGGUAAUUGUUUACCAUUAAAUAUGUUACCAGUAGGUUCCAUCAUUCAUAAUAUUGGUUUACAACCAGGUGGAAAAGGUAAAUUAGUAAGAUCAGCUGGUACUUUUGCUCGUUUAUUAUCCAAGCAUCCUGAACAAGAUAGAGUCAUUAUAAAAUUAAGUUCAGGUGAACAUCGUUAUGUUAAUAUUAAUUGUUGUGCUACUUUAGGAGUAGUAUCAAAUAAAGAACAUCAAUCUAUAUCUUGGGGUAAAGCAGGUAGAAGUCGUCAUAGAGGUAUAAGACCAAUGGUUAGAGGGGUAGCUAUGAAUGCUCAUGAUCAUCCUCAUGGUGGUGGUAGAGGUAAAUCAAAGUCUAAUAAAGUAUCUCAAUCAAUGUGGGGUAUAAAGAAAUUUGCUAAAACUAGAACUCAUAAACAUGUUAAUAAAAAUAAGGUUAAAGAUAGAAGAGAUUAA